AUGGCCUCCCGGCGAGCUGUCCAGCUGUCUCUGAGAAAGCCGACUCAUGCUGUGUGUGUGGUGGGUGUGGAGACACUGGUGGACGUCUACAGCGAUGUGCCCAAAGGCGCCAAGACCUUUGGGGUGUCUGGGAGCUCUGAGGUGAAGAUCUAUAUGGUCUACGAUCCCUCACGAGUGGCAGAGCCCGCGGGCCGGGCCCACUGGCCCCUGGAUGCCAAUGUGGAUGUGGUGGUGGUGGCAGACACAGUCAGUAAGGACUUACAUGACCUCAAGGUGAAGGUAUCGUACUUUGAGUCACAGGAGGCUGCCGCCCUGGCACACAGUGUGCUCUACCUGACUGCUGUUGAUGUGUCCCUUGACGUCGACACGGGCCGCACAGGCAAGGUGAAGAAAGGCUCUGGUGACAAGAAAACCUGGCGCUGGGGCUCCGGGGGAUCCGGGGCCAUCCUAUUGGUAAACUGUGACAGAGAUACCUACGGGUCCAGGGAGGACCUGCAUGCGAGCCAUUUGAGGUCGCUGGAGGACCUGCAGGACAUGUCCCCAAUGGUGCUGAGCUGUGGCGGCCCUGAUGAGCUCUUUGAGAUCCACAAGCUGGUCUUGAAGGCGUCCUUGUCCGAUUCCAGAAGACUGAAGGUCUUCUGUGCCCGGGGUGGGACCUCCCUCUCCAACUACAAACAGGUGCUCGGGCCCCGUCACAGCUCCUAUGACGUGGAACGGUAUCCCGGCGAGAGGGACAUCCAGUUCUUCGUGGAAGGGCUCACCUUCCCCGACGCCAGUUUCUCAGGGCUGCUGUCUCUCAGUGUCAGCCUGGUGGACACACGGCCCCUCUCCGAGGUGUCAGUCUUCACGGACAGCGUGACCUUCCGAGUGGCCCCCUGGAUCAUGACCCCCAACACCCAGCCGCCCCUGGAGCUCUAUGUGUGCAGCGUGAUAGAUAUUCAUGGCCGCAAUGACAAGUUCCUGGAAGAUAUGUCCCACCUGGCCAUGAAGGCCAACUGCAAACUAGUGGUUUGUCCCCGGGUAGAGAAUCGCAACGAUCGCUGGAUCCAGGAUGAGAUGGAGUUUGGCUACACUGACGCCCCUCACAAAUCCUUCCCUGUGGUCUUUGAUUCCCCGAGAAACAGAGGCUUGAAGGACUUCGCCCUUAAGAAGAUCCUGGGUCCUGACUUUGGAUAUGUGACCCGGGAGAUCGAGUUCGCAGGGGCCUCUGGCCUGGAUUCCUUCGGCAACCUGGAUGUGAGCCCGCCGGUGAGGGUGGGCAACACAGAGUACCCCCUCGGCCGAAUCCUCAUCGGUGGCAGCUUCCCCAAGUCCAGCGGGCGGCGGAUGGCCAGGGUGGUGCGCGACUUCCUGCAGGCCCAGCAGGUGCAGGCCCCUGUGGAACUCUACUCCGACUGGCUUUCCGUGGGCCACGUGGAUGAGUUUCUGAGCUUCGUGCCCACCUCUGACCAAAAGGGCUUCCGGCUACUCCUGGCCAGCCCCAGUGCCUGUCUCCAGCUGUUCCAGGAGAAGAAGGAGGAGGGCUUCGGAGAGGCCCAGCAGUUUGAUGGCCUCAGGUUUAAGGCAAAGAGAAGCAUCAACGACAUCUUAGCCGACAAGCACCUCAGGAGGGACAGUGAGCAUGUGCAGGAAUGCAUCGACUGGAACCGCGAGGUGCUGAAGCGGGAGCUGGGCCUCACUGAGAGCGACAUCGUGGACAUUCCGCAGCUCUUCUACCUGAAGGGAGCCUACGCCGAAGCCUUCUUUCCUGACAUGGUCAACAUGGUGGUCCUCGGCAAGUACCUGGGCAUCCCUAAGCCCUUCGGGCCCAUCAUCAACGGCCGCUGCUGCCUGGAGGAGAAGGUGCGCUCCCUGCUGGAGCCGCUGGGCCUACGCUGCGUCUUUAUCGACGACUUUCUCUUUUACCACCAGCUGCUCGGAGAGAUCCACUGUGGCACCAACGUGCGGAGGAAACCUUUUACCUUUAGGUGGUGGAACUCCGUGCCCUGAGCCUGCCCGGGGCGACCACCACCCUUGCUUCCCAGAUGAUGGGAGUCCCAGGGCAAGGGGAGGCCACAAACCAGCCUCCACCCUCCUGGGGCCUGAAAGCGGGCUGGCUGCUGUGGUCAGCUGGGCUCCGGAAGGGCCACACAUUUCUUCGUUUCUGGAGUCCUCGGUCCUGCCCAGGAGACUAUCGCCACUUCUUCCCUCUCUCUUUCCCAGCCAAAGCCCCCCAAGAGCGUCAAGAUCCGAAGCUGAGCCUUUUCAAGGCGUGGCCUCUACAGCCACGCCCCACUUUGAGCUGUUCCCCCACCCCACCCCCUUGUCUCUCUUGAAGCCUCUCUGCAGGCUGAGAAAAAUAGUUCUGGAACUGUUUCAGAAAUGCCCACUAUGCCAGGACCCUUGGCGGCAAAAGCACCGUGGUUUCAUAUGACUUCUGGAUUGCAUAAGAUGAAAAGGAAGAUUUGGGGUGUCCUUUUUCCCAAAGGACCUCAGGCCAUGGCCCUCUGGCACCGGUCAGCUCAAAUGUAGGCAAGCGAGGGCAGGAAAACUCCAUCCUUGAAAGCGGGCAAGCACAAAAGCCCCUCUAAUGCCCAACUCCAUCCAGUCCGACCUCUGCAGGCUGCUCGUUACAUGUCGGGGCAGCCUUUAAUUAUGAGCCUGGUGCUUCCUGUUGGAAGAUGCUGCCGGGCACAGGGAGGCCCCCGUGAAGCCUGCAAGCGUGGGUGUGGGUGGGCAGGAAGGUCGGACCAG